AUGACAGAAGUUACACAAUCGAAAUUGAUAAAAAGUACUCGAGAAGAAGCUUUAAAUAAUUCAGAAUUAGCAGAAACUAAUGUUUCGCAAGAUCGCGUGUUUAACACACCAUUAUGUGAACAGGGCAUUGCUGGAUUUGGCAUUGGCAUGGCUGCAAUGGGACAUACAGCAAUUGCAGAAAUUCAAUUUGCGGAUUAUAUUUUUCCAGCAUUUGAUCAGCUUGUGAAUGAAGCCGCCAAAUAUAGAUAUCGCUCAGGUGGUAUAUUUAACGUUGGUGGUUUAACUGUUCGUUCACCUUGUUCAGCAGUGGGACACGGUGGGCAUUACCACUCUCAAACUCCAGAAGGUUAUUUUGCACAUACUCCUGGAUUAAAGGUAAAUAGUAAUAAUCAUAAAAAUACUAUUGAACAAGUUCCGGUUGGUGAUUACGAAUUGCCUUUAAGUAAAGCAGAGAUCUUAAAAACCGGUAAAGAUGUUACAGUUGUUGGAUAUGGGUCGCAAAUAUAUAUUCUGGAAAGGGCUAUACAAAUGGCCGAGAAAAGUAUACCAGGUUUAUCAUGUGAACUAAUUGAUUUAAGGUCAAUUUUGCCAUGGGAUGUUGACACAAUCGCAGAGUCUGUGAAUAAAACCGGUAGAUUAGUGAUUUCUCAUGAAGCGCCUCAGGCAUCAGGAUUUUCUGCAGAAAUAUCUGCGAGUAUAAUGGAGAAAUGUUUUUUGAGACUAGAGGCGCCAAUUCAAAGAGUCUGUGGAUGGGAGUGA